AAUUGGGAAUUAUAAUGUUUUUCGCUUAAAUUAGUGACACUGUAUAUAGAUUUUUUUUUUUUAUUGUUUUGUUUUGUUGAAUCUGCCGGAGUUGAACUCCACAAGGACGGAGAAAGAAUGAUAGCCUAGUUCGCGUGCUAACUACACUACUUCCUUGUUCGUCUAAAUUGGAGUGAUGGACAGCGUUAAGAACUUUCAGUCCUAAAAAGUUAGAUGUUUUUGUCUCUUCUUUUCAGUACUUCUGUAGUAUAUUUUAAAUCUGGUGUGAGCUGCUAUAUUCUUCAAGAAUAAUUUAUUUUUAAGCAGGAUACAUUGGGCCUGCUACACUCAGCAUGGAAUGGAAUGCAAUUACGAGACACUGCCUAGCUAGCUACUGUUGCUGCUAACUGACGUUAGUUAGCACUGGCUAACUUGGCUAGAUGGUACAUUUUUGGAAUAACACAGUCCUGGAUUAUAAUGAAUCAUUUUUAUUUGCGUUCCUUUUAUUACAGUGUAUCUCACAGAGGGAAAUAUUAAAGGAUUAGUGGGGUGAUGAGUGAAAUUAAUUGUUUAGAGUAGCUCACUGUUAGUAGUGAGUAGCUGUGACUACAGUACUGUAGCUACUGUACUGUAGCUAACUUUAGCUCGCUAGUGCUAGCUUGCUAGCUAGCCGAUUGGUGGCAAAUGUUUUGUUUUGAGUACCAAGGAACAUAACACUGAAGACAACCAAUUUUACCAAAAGUAAAUCCAUCUUUUUUUGAUAAAUGCCUAACUCGGAGGUGCUUCGGGAGGGUAGGGGAAGAAGCCCAUCGGCACAGAGAGGUGCCAGACAGGAGCGUCGCAGUAAUGUUAACGUUAAACCUGGAAGCGGUGCUGCUCUGCAGCGAGAGAAGCACCGGGAGAAGAGGCGUUCGUCCGCAUCAAGGCGAAAGAAAAACACCCACUCGAGGGGGAAAGAACCAUGGCAUACGCCAGAUGAACUAGACGAUGAGCGGAGGGGCACUCUCGAAAGAGAAUGUGAACUUCGGACAUUGGUGGAAUAUGACGAUGUGAGUUCCCAAUCAGAACGGUUUUCUGGGAGCCCUUCACCGAAACCAGAACCGCAUGCUCGGCUUUCAGUCGACCGACUUAGCGAAGUUGAGUUCACCAACACCAAUGGACCGACAUCUACAGAGAGAAGAUCUCGACGAGAUCGGGAUAUAUUACAUCUCCGAAAGGAUGAACAAACCAGUGGUUCCUGGAAUAGACAAGAUAAGGAACCGAAAAGAAAGGAACGCCAGAGCGAUGAGAGGGAGUCUUCUAAAUCUCGUGCAAGUAGCGUGAUCGCCACCAAAAACAACAGAGAGAGUCCGAGAAAGAGUGACAGUAACGGCAAGAAGACGUCUACAACUUUGAUCCCCAUGUCUUUGGACAAAAGGGAGUCUAAACGGCACAAAAGUAAGUCACGGCCUGAAAAGGAGCCACCUUCUGCAUACAGGGAUGCUCCACAAUCGUACCGAGAUGACCGCGAAGAACUCAGGGCCUACAGAAGAAGUCCUGGUUUCAAGGCAGACAGUCCACAUGGGACUUCGUAUUCCUAUGGAUACCAGUCUCCUAGUGGUAGUUAUAAUAACCAGUUUAUAUCUAGAAGAAGUCCCAGUUAUGGGAACAAAAGACUGUCUCCUAGUUCGAUGUACUACAGCCGAGAUGCAGAGGUCUAUGGUGCCUACAAUAUUUCAAAGUCGCCCAGUUCAUUCUCAAGCAACAAAAGAAAGCGGUCUCCAACCAGCCCUUUAAAUUGGCGCAGGUCUCCAAGCUACGGGAGGCAUAGUCCAUUCGAACAGGGAGAACUUGCCUCAAGUCCAUACGGUACACGUAGGCGAUCACGAAGUCCAUACCGAAAGUCACUGAGCCCAAGUCCAGACGUAAGGCGAUCUGGCAAGUCUAGAAGCAGAAGCCCAUAUUCCUCAAGGCACUCCCGCUCCCGCAGCCGCCACCGCCACUCUCGCUCCCGCAGCCGGCCAUCCAGCCUUUCCCCCAGCACCCUGACCUUCAAAAGCAGCCUGGCAGCGGAGCUCAGCAAGCAGAAAAAGGCCAAAGCUGCUGAGGCUGCCGCCCGGGCGAAGAGCUCCAGCAAUGCGUCCACUCCCACCACGGGUCCCGGUGCAACUUCCUACCAGCCCAGCCCCAUGGCCAACCACACCACCAAGAAAGGCAGGCCCCCUUCCCCACCGCCUCCUGAGAAGGGUCCUAGGACCCCUGUGUCAAGCCAGCCCCAAUCCCCCUCAGAUAGACCCUCCAAGAGGAGCACAGAGCCACCACAGGCCGGUAGGGACAGGGAUAGAGAUUGUAAAGCGAAGGAUGGCCCUUCUGUGCCUCGGGACAAGAGGAAAGCACUAGCUUCUGUACAGGGCAAAGAGAAGGAGCGAGUAGCAGCACCGAUCACCUCUUCACUGACAUCUCUGCACCUGCCCCCAAACAUCCUUGAGCACUUAGAAGGAGCUGACAGCUUGAAAGACAUCUUGCCGUCGCUCUCAGGUAAGAAGAAGCCAGGGGAGCAUCAGAAGGCUCGCCAACUCCUGACUGAUCUUCCCCUUCCUCCCGAGCUGCACGGAGGCGUAUCCCCUUCCCCUCAUAGUCCAUAUGAUGAGAAGAAGAGCACAACGCUUCGCCGUCGGCCUAAAAUCUGUGGCCCACGUUUUGGAGAAAUCAAGGAGACUGAGAUAGACUGGGGCAAACGGUGCGUGGACAAGUUUGAGAUCAUCGGCAUCACUGGAGAGGGCACCUACGGCCAGGUAUACAAGGCAAAAGACAAAGACACAGCUGAGAUGGUGGCCUUGAAGAAGGUGCGUCUGGAUAACGAGAAAGAGGGCUUCCCUAUCACUGCUAUCAGAGAAAUCAAGAUCCUCCGCCAGCUCAAUCACAAGAGCAUUAUCAACAUGAAGGAAAUAGUCACUGACAAGGAGGACGCCCUGGACUUUAAGAACGACAAAGGUGCAUUCUACCUGGUAUUUGAGUACAUGGACCACGACUUGAUGGGUCUCUUGGAGUCUGGCCUGGUCCAUUUCAACGAGAGCCACAUAAAGUCCUUCAUGAGACAGCUUCUGGAGGGUCUCGAUUACUGCCACAAGAAGAACUUCCUGCACAGGGACAUCAAGUGCUCCAACAUCCUGCUGAAUAACAAGGGUCAAAUAAAACUUGCUGAUUUCGGACUGGCUCGACUUUACAACUCAGAGGAGAGCCGACCAUACACAAACAAGGUGAUCACCCUGUGGUAUCGACCCCCAGAGCUUUUGCUGGGGGAGGAGAGGUACACACCAUCCAUUGAUGUGUGGAGCUGCGGGUGCAUUCUGGGAGAGCUGUUCACAAAGAAGCCCAUUUUCCAGGCCAACCAGGAGCUUGCCCAGUUAGAGCUGAUCAGUCGUAUCUGUGGCAGCCCCUGCCCAGCUGUGUGGCCGGACGUCAUCAAGCUGCCCUAUUUCAACACCAUGAAACCAAAAAAGCAGUAUCGGCGGAGGUUACGAGAGGAGUUUGCUUUUAUUCCGCUAUCGGCCCUGGACUUGUUUGACCACAUGCUGGCCCUGGACCCCAGUAAGAGAUGCGUGGCAGAGGCAGCACUAAACAGCGAAUUCCUCAAAGAUGUUGACCCAUCCAAGAUGCCCCCACCAGAUCUCCCACUAUGGCAGGACUGCCACGAGUUGUGGAGUAAGAAGCGGCGGAGACAGAAGCAGAUGCCAGAGGAGCUGUCAGCUUCCAAAGCACCCCGUAAGGAGCUCGGCCUGGGAGAGGACAGUCGUAGUAACACCCCCCAGGGCUUCCCUCCCCCUGGUGGGGUCAAAACCCAGCCUUUGGCUGCUUCAAAUGUUCUGGACCAAAAAGGUCCCACCUCCCAGCUGACCCAGGAGCAGCUUGCAGUCCUCCUUAACCUGCUUGGCCAGUCAAAGAGCACAGUCAACCCAGCCCAGAUCGCCAAGGUCAACCCAGAGACCCUGCAGCAGCUCUCUAAGGUCCUGCCUCCAGUGCCCACUGAUUCUGACCGGCCACCAGAGCCGCCGCCUCCACCCAAGCCCAACAAGCCCCCUCAGCUGGGUGGAGUGCCCCGCACACCACCCAUGCCCAAGCCUCCGUCACCUCCUACCCCGUCUGCGACUCAGGGGAAGCCUGAAGGGGAGGCGUCAGCAGCCACCCAGACUGCUGUCACCAUGCUGCUAGCCCAGCUCCUCCAGGCCCAGCAAAGCCAGAGGCAGGAGGCCGGCGAGCCAGGGGAGAUGGCAGAUGGUGCCAGUGCACCAGCAGGAGUUCCUCCUCCUCCCCCUGAGCCCAAACAGCCCCCGGAACCUAUCCCCCUCUCACCAGUUUCUGAGGGGUGCAGAGUUUCCUCCAGACCCAUCCUCCCCCCUGACCAGAGGCCUCCCGAACCACCUGAGCCACCACCACGCUGCGAGGACCUUGACUACCGGCAGAAGAUAGAGCCCAAGACAGGUCACUUGCUGCCGAUACCAAUCUCAUGCGAGGGAGGAAGGCCCCCGGAGCCAGACUACCCGCCCCACCCAGGCACCGAAGGAACCGGCUAUGGCACUGACUACAGCCGCCCACCCCCUCCUCCAUUCCCUCCCACUGGUUUUGGCGAUAGUUACAUGGGCCACAUGUUGGGGGGUGGCUUGCCACCCCAUACUCUGAGGGAGGUGUUCAGCAGCGGCACUCAGGCACCUGGCUCAUCUUCAGCCAGUGGGCCUAUGGUAACCUCGCUUCAGGAGCCCUACCCUCCAAGUGCAAGAAGAGCGGUAGGUGGAGGUGGCAGCAGCAUGGUGUUCAGUGGGGACAAAGACCACCGCUUCAAAUACAACCAUAGCCCCUCCUUACCUGCAGAAGGGCCACCCAACCCCACCAGCAUCCACCUCUAUAACCACACCACCCCUCCCCCACCCAUUCCACCAAUAGGCCAGUCCUGGGGCUCUCCAUCCCAGGCUGGUGCCCCACCUAUGCCCGUCGGCUUCAACCCACACGUGAAUGCAGCUGCCAUCCGAGGACGAGGCCUCCCCUUCUGAUCGGCAGUGGCAUAGCGAAAGGGGUAGGAUUUGACAAUGGACAUACCCCAGAAUUGAGGACUCGAACUGAGCCCAAAUCCUCAGGCAAGGCCAGAGGGAUCUGGAAAUCCACACUUGAUUUGUAUUAAUAUUAAAAUAAAAGUAUCUGUCUAGAGCAUUGUGUUCCUCCUGUAUCUGGAAUGUGAUGUGUGUUGCAGGAGGAAGAGGUGUUGAAUAGGAGAGGGCUUUUCUUGCUCAUACCAUUUCGUAUUUUUUUUUUUUUUUGUAAUCUAUUUUACUGCUGUGUUUUAAAUUAAACUUACCUUUUUUGAGUGUACAUUUAACAGGCUAAGUAUGCAUUUUAAAUAUGUAAGUUAGCCUUUCUUUAAUUGAUCCUGGGCAGACUAGUAUUAAUUUUUUGCACUACUGGCUAAAGUAGGUGAACGAUUUAGGUAUCAAAUGAAGUGCUAGAUCUGCAUAAGUUUAGAUAAUUACUAGUUAUGUAGUUUUUUUUGCCAAGAAUAUGUUCAAACCAGGUUGGUUCAGUUGAUCAGGCUCCUGGCUGAGAGAAGGGGCAUGUUUUUGAUGGAAAAGACUAUUGGUUCCAGAAAGAUUAGUAGCACUUGGGUGACUGCAGUAAAACUGAUAGCUACUGAAUGACUUGAUGGAAGAAGGCUGUGUUCACUUUAAAUUCUACAAGCCCUCUGCCAAUAGCCAUAUUAAAAUCAUACAUGAAACAAAAAGAGACAUGUAACCCAAAUCCAAAAAGGAAACAAGCAACAAUGUCUUUUUGUACUAAAAUGUAUUUUUUUUGGGCAAAUGUUUAUUAAAGAAAUGCCAACCAUG